AUGGCAACGCAAAACGCGACGGCGCUUCGCGCACCGCAGGUUCAGCGACGCUCGAUAGUGUCGCAGGCCGCUUCUGACGCAGCCACGGCCACGCCAGACAAAGCUAUCGCUAGGGCUCCUCCAGGCGUCCUCCGUCACACGGUCUCCGUGUUUGUCGGCGACGAGAGCGGCAUGAUCAACCGCAUCGCGGGCGUGUUCGCGCGACGCGGCUUCAACAUCGAAUCGCUCGCCGUCGGGCUGAACAAGAACAAGGCACUGUUCACCAUUGUCGUUUCCGGAUCGGAGCGCGUUCUGCAGCAGGUGAUGAAGCAGCUGUACAAGCUAAUCAACGUGCGCCAGGUGGACGAUCUGACGCACGAGAGCCGCGUGGAUCGCGAGCUGAUGCUCAUCAAGCUCGCCGUCACGCCGCAGCAGCGCUCCGAGGUGCUGGAGCUCGUGCAGAUCUUCCGCGCGCGCGUCGUGGAUGUUGCUCCCAGCUCCAUUACCGUUGAGGUGCUGGAGCUGGUGCAGAUCUUCCGCGCCGGGGUUGUGGACGUCGCUCCCAACUCGAUCACCGUUGAGGUGACAGGAGACCCCGGCAAAAUAGCUGCCUUCCAGCGCGUCACCAGCAAGUUCCCUCUCAUUCCCUCCUCCUCCCCUUUUUUAACGCAUUUUCAUCUCGCCCCGUGUCUUUUCAGGCAUUCCUUCUCUUCUUCCUCCUUUUCGCCCCUCCAGGUGACAGGGGACCCCGGCAAGAUAGCAGCCUUCCAGCGCGCCACCAGCAAGUUCCCUCUCAAGCAGCUGGCGCGCACAGGCAAGAUUGCGCUGCGGAGGGAGAAGGACGAGCGGGUGUACCUCACCACUCUGGGCGGCGAAGUGACGACGGACGUGGAGGACGACAUUGAGGCCGCCCGGCAGGCUGCUGCGCUGGCGCUGGCUGGGCGGCGAACUGUGGCAAAGCGGGGGAGUGCUGCUGCUGCCAAUGCCGACUCUGAUGGCGAUGUGUAUGCUACCCCCUCUGAUGGCGAUGCUGUGUGGUACCCGCCCGUGCUGUCGCCCACAUGGGGCAAUGAGAACCCGGAGUUCUUCGACACUAUGGAGGGCGGCUUCCAGCCUCACACGCUCUCUCUCCUCGUCUCUGACACGGCUGGUGUGCUGAAUCACAUCACGGGUGUCUUUGCUCGCCGCGGCUACAGCAUCCAGAGUCUGGCGGUGGGGCCAGCGGAGAAGCCAGGGGAGUCACGGAUCACCAUGGUGGUGCCUGGAACGGAGCAGUCCAUUGGCAAGCUUCUGCGCCAGAUUCUCAAGCUUAUUGAAGUGAUCAGCGUGGAGGAUCUGACGUACAUCCCCUAUGUGCAGCGCGAGCUGAUGCUCAUCAAGGUGGCGGCUGGGAGGGGGGAGCCUCGGCGGGAGGUGAUGGACAUUGCAUCUGUCUUCCGGGCGCGUGUGAUCGACAUCUCACGGCGAACCAUGACGCUUGAGCUCACGUGCCCGCUCAAGAAAAUGGCAGGGCUGCAGAAGCUGCUGGAAUGCAAUGCUUCAUCGCCCUUUUCUUCCUCUCCCCCGCUGCGCCUCCCCUUCCCCCCUCCUUCAGCUCACGGACACGCUCAUGAAGAUGGCUGCGCUGCGCUGCAGGGGCUUCUUGAAGACCACAGCAUCCUCAUCUCCCUCUCCCCUUUGCAAGUGAUAAGUCGACUUUUGAGUCGACUCAAAGAUGGCUGCGCUGCGCUGCAGGGGCUUCUUGAAGACCACAGCAUCCUCAUCUCCCUCUCCCCUUUGCAAGUGAUAAGUCGACUUUUGAUUCGACUCAAAGAUGGCUGCGCUGCGCUGCAGGGGCUUCUUGAAGACCACAGCAUCCUCAUCUCCCUCUCCCCUUUGCAACUCACGGGCACGCUCAAGAAGAUGGCGGCUCUGCAGGGGCUGUUGGAAGACUACAGCAUCCUCGAGGUGGCGCGCACAGGCCGUGUGGCAUUGUUGCGAGGCAGUGGAGUCAGCACGGAGUAUCUUGGCCAGAUGGAGCCGCAGCACUCCAUCUUCUGA